GCUUGGCAGUCCACGUGCAGCACCGAUCCCGUUAUGGGCGCUCCUGCAUCUUUCUUCCGCUCACUCAUUGCUGCACAAAUUCUACUUACGCUUUGAGAGUCGGUCCACAAUUUUUAUGAAAAUAUGUCGUCUACCAUCGCGGAAACAGUUGUAACCAGUUCUGCCUCCAAAAUAAAAUCAUCUACCGCCGCUAAGCCUCGCAAGCGGUUCGUUGGUACAAGAUCUGGUCCUUCAAAGCGGUCUUUCCCUGCUACAGUUGCGAACCAAAUUCCCGCAGAGAUCUUGAAUGAUGCUCAGUUGAAUGCGGCCAUCAAACAACUCCCCUCCAAUUACUCCUUCGAGAUUCACAAAACCAUUCAUCAUGUUCGCAAAAACAAUGCGAAGAUGGUCGCCUUACAGAUGCCUGAAGGUCUUCAAAUGUUCGCCUGUACUAUUGCAGAUAUUAUCGAACGGUGCGCAGAUUCACGUCCGCAUUGACCGUAAUUAUGGGCGAUGUAACAUAUGGUGCAUGCUGCAUUGAUGAUUACACCGCUGUCGCCCUUGGUUGUGACAUGCUAGUGCAUUACGGGCAUAGUUGUCUAGUGCCGAUCGAUCAGACUACAAUCAAAACUCUCUACGUCUUUGUAGAAAUUGCUAUCGACUCCUCACAUUUGAAUCAAACUAUCCGUCUAAAUUUCCCCACCGACCGUCGGCAAUUUCGAACGACGCUUCUUGUAUCCGAGGACGAGCAGAGUCAGAUCCCCGCGGGGCAGCACAUUGGUCCCUCGAACCAUCUUCGCAUUGAUGCUGCCGAGUCAGAGUCAUCUCAACCCUCCGAUGCCGUUGUUCUCACAACCCAAUCAUCAACCUAUGAACCAACUCGUUUGGCGCUUGUGUCUACCAUUCAAUUCGUUGCUGCUUUGUCACAACUCAAGGAAGAUUUGACAUCAGAUUACGUCGAUCCGCACUACACUCCUCCUGUUGCUUUCAUUGAAGGUUCCUCCACUGACACGACAAGUGGUGAAUUGUCCUUCGAGCCACAGUCGACCAAGCCACCGCUUUGUUCUGGCAAGUAUGAAGCUACCAUUCCUCAAUCAAAACCAUUGUCUCCAGGCGAGAUCCUUGGUUGUACUGCGCCUCACCUAAAUGAUGUAGAUGCGCUCAUAUACCUGGGCGAUGGCCGCUUUCAUCUGGAGUCGAUCAUGAUAGCAAAUCCCUCAGUACCUGCAUUCCGAUACGACCCCUACUCCAAAAAGCUCACUCGAGAGCGAUACAAUCAUACCGAGAUGAGGACAGUGCGAGAUCAAGCUGUUCAAGCUGCUCGCAAAACUAUCACUAGCCUCGUGCCUUCCCCAUCAGAAAGCGUGAUAUCAUCGACCACAUCUCCUGAGCCUCCGAUAUGGGGUGUCAUUCUCGGAACUCUGGGUCGACAGGGUAGUUUCAAACAGCUACAAGCGAUCACUCAUCAGCUUUCCACCUCUCGCACGAGUAUUCCAUACAUGCCGAUUCUCCUUUCAGAGCUAUCACCUGCAAAAUUGGCACUCUUCAGCGAUCAUAUCUCCACUUUCGUCCAGACGUCGUGUCCGCGAUUGUCCAUCGACUGGGGUUAUGCGUUCAAUAAGCCUUUGUUGACACCUUACGAAACGGCAGUUGCUGUUGGGAAGGCGGACGGCUGGAUGGAAGAGGAACGCGAUAGUAUAGGCCAGAGGAAGGAAAAAGUAUAUCCUAUGGACUUCUAUUCUGCAGGUAGUCCAUGGGCUAUCGCCAGAUCCAAGGCAAUGUACUAGUAUUCGGUUUUAUCACGGUGUUUCCAAGAAUUCGAGUGCAGUCAAGACGGCGCCAUGUACUGUAUAUCACAGUCAAUGAUCCACACGUUGCUAUGCAUUUUGUCGAAGUCAUUGAACACAGGUAUUCAUGAAUCACUACGGGGUCAAAGAAGAUCUCUCAAAUGAUACUAUGUACUCUAAGUCGAUAUGCAAUACAAAGCAGAACUAGUACAAGUGAUGCACGAACCAAACAAUCGACAAUCCAGACUCUUCUAAAUGACGAAAUCGAGAAACACAUUCCCAAAGAUAAACUUCAGGGAUAUCUUUAGACA